GCAUUUAGUCUACUUUAAUAUCAUCUAGAACAAUUCCUUCAUUUUCUUCGAUCUCUCGUUAUUAAAUGUCUGUAAUCGGUUUAUAAUUCCGCAAGUGAAAGGAAUCACGAAAACUGACAAGUUGGUUUCUGUCGCUAUGGGAUUUUGAUAAGUCAUGCUCCAAUUUUUAUUCUACAUUUCGAUAAGUAAAUAGUCACUUUAAGUACUUAUAUUACAUUUGGAUUUAUGCAGUUUAAUAGCAGGAAUGACAAUCUUAAGUCCAUUUGUUUAUUGGGCUCAAUCCCAAGAUACUGUAUUUGUAAAAGUUGACCUAAAAAACGCUAUUAAUGCUCACGUAAAUUUAGAGAAACGAAAACUUGCUUUUCAAGCUAAAGGUGUGGGUGCUAGAGGGGAAAAUGAUUACACUUUUUCAUUGGAUUUCUAUUCAAACGUUGACGUUAAGGAUAGCAAGUACAAAGUACAAGACAGUAAUGUGACUUUUCAUAUUUCAAAAGAAGCCAAAGAUUGGUGGCCUAGACUCAUCAGUCAGCCACAGAAACCUGCAUGGUUGAAGAUUGAUUUUGACAAAUGGCAAACUGAGGAAGAUCCUGACGAUGUCGACGAAACAUAUGAAAAAUUGCGAGACAUUCGCGAAGAUUAUGGGAACUUGUACAAUAGAUUGCAAAAAGAAGAACUGGGCUACAGCAGGGAGGACGUUAGAAAGGUUUAUCUUGGAUUUUACAAUCUCUUUAUGUUUGUCAGCUUUUUGUACAUUUUGGUGGUGUUAGGGAUUAUGUAUGUAAAAAAUGGAUACAGGUCAUUCGAUAGUGCCUAUGAAAUAUUGGGGUAUGUGGUUAUUUUUUUGACUUCGAUUCAAUUCUUGGAAAUACUCCAUUGCCUCUUGGGAUAUACCAGUGGUAGUGUAUUUACCACCUUCAUCCAGGUGGCAGGUAGAAUGACUGUGGUAAAUUUGGUACUGGGAUCUGAACAUGAGUUACAAAUGAAUCCUGAAGUUUACUUCUUAUUCCUCUUCUGGUCAUUGAUAGAAGUGAUAAGGUACCCUUAUUAUAUUACCCAAAUAUAUAAAAAAGAAAUAAAACUUUUGACGUGGUUGAGGUACACGGUAUGGAUUCCGCUGUAUCCUUUGGGAUUCCUGAUGGAAUUAAUCAUCAUAUACAAGAGUAUUCCGUAUUUCGAAAGGUCGAAACAAUAUUCGGUCUCACUCCCGAAUGAUAUUAAUUUUUCGUUUUCGUUUCCGACAUUUAUAAGAGUUUAUUUGCUACUCUUUGCAUUUCCGCUAAUGUAUCUUCUAAUGUCACACAUGUACCGGGCCAGAAGAAAAAAACUCGCUCCGGUAAAUAUUAAAAAAAAUUUUUGAUUGGACGAAACGGGGGAGGGAGUCAAUGCGUUAUCUUUGUUGGUAAUUUGUUUUAUAAUAGAUAUACGUAUUGAUGGAUGUUUAGAACAUAGGUGUAUUUCAGCUAAAAAUAAAGUCAGAACUAUUAGUAA